AUGUCGGGUCGCUUCAGGGUCCGCUCAUCCAAUGUCCAACGUUGGAACCGGGAACUUGUUCACGGACGCAUCAAUUUGAUCAAGCACAUGAAGCACAGUCCUUUGAAGUUCAACGCUGAUGUCAACCUGUCUCGCUUGUUCCGGCGAUGCGGCACGCACCAACGAGUACCUAUCCAGGUUGCUAUCCCCUACCAGACCUUCAAAGAUGCAGGAUUCGACGUAAACUUUGCAACCGAAACGGGCUCAAUGCCCCGCUGCGAUGCCCGCAUGCUCGAGGGUCUUUCCCAGAAGUUUCUUGGCGCCGCGGCCUCCACGAUAAAGCUCCACGAUACGAUGGUCAAAUCUGCCGAAAUGCAGAACCCCCUAUCCUGGACUUCGUUGGGCUUUACGCUCGAUGACUUCGACAUUGUGCAUAUUCCCGGCGGUCACGACAAGGAAGUGAGGCAGCUCAUGGACUCGACCACCGCGCAGAAGCUGCUGGCCGAUUACUUCCCCCAGACCAAGAAGCCGGGCAAAAAGAUUGUCACGGCUAUCUGCCACGGUCCGCUGGUGCUCUGCAACACCAAGAGCCAGGACGGUAACAGUGUUCUGUAUCACUGCACGACGACGGCACUCCCCGGAUGCUUCGAGUCGCUGGCGUAUCAUGGAACCAGGCUAUUUCUGGGCGACUACUAUAAGACAUACGGUGCGGGCACAGAGAAUGUCGAGGAUUCGCACAGCUUCGUCGUGGAAGAUACAGAGUACAACUACAUCAGCGCGCGCUUUCCUCCUGAUGCGGCAAAACUAGCCGAAAUGACUGUCAACCUUGCCCAUCUCAUACACGUUCAAGGCUUCAAGGGUCAAGACCCGACUACGGCAUAA